CACGUCUGAGCAGCAUCGUAUCCCACCUCACACCGCCUUCUCUUCGGAUCUCACCUCCGACUGCAAGAAUGGCUUCUUCCUCGCAGCAGGCGAUGCCUAAGUUUGCGAUGAGCGAUGUGAGCAAGCACAACCAGCCUCUGGGACCGGGCAAAUAUGUCCAAACAGCAGGCUGCAUCAUCAUCGGCGACGAGGUCUUGAACGGCAAGACCAAAGACUCCAAUAGCAACUACUUUGCUCAAUUCUGCUUCAACCGCGGCAUCGACUUGAAGCGCAUCGAAGUCAUUGCGGACGACGAGGAAGAAAUCGCCGAAGCGGUUCGUCGCUUUGGUGAAAAGUACGACUUUACCGUUACCAGUGGUGGAAUUGGUCCUACUUUUGAUGAUAUCACCUAUGAGAGUAUCGCAAAAGCCUUUGGAGCAGAACCAUUGGAAUAUCAUGAUGAGACAUUGAGGAGAAUGGCAGAGAUGCAAAAGGGAAGAAGUCAAAGUAGAGAGCAAACGGAGGAAAUGGUCACUGCGAGAAAGAGGAUGGCCCUUUUCCCUAGUAGUAAAGGGAGUGGAGCAGCACAGGUCGAGGUGAUUCACCCGACAGAGUCCCUGUGGGUACCCGUGGUGAGGAUCAAUGGGCGGAUCUGUAUCCUACCGGGAGUGCCAAGGCUGUUCGAAGCUCUACUGGACGGCAUGGAGCCGUAUGUACCCAUUGACACCAGCAAACCUCGUCCACAUCGGAUGUUGGUACACACAAAGCUGCCCGAAUCCUCCAUUGCCCCCUAUCUCGAAAAACUCAAUACCCGCUGCAAACAAGAGAAUAUCCGUCUUGGCUCCUAUCCCAAGUUUCAAGGAGGCGUAGACGUAAGUCUCAUCGGUGAUGACUUGAAGCGUCUACAGGAAUUGGGAGAAGAGGUGGAGAAGGAAUUGGAUGCAAAGAUUGUUGAGAGUGGGAAGUUGGGAGAGUAGAAAGGGGUGGGGGGUGGGGGAGUAUAGAGUGGACAUUCAGGCAAAGGUGAGAGGGAAAGGCGUAGCAAGGCAUGUGCUUUGUGUUGUAUUUUGUGAGCCGCAUUAGAAGUGCGAGGGACAAUGAAGACAGAGAAUCUGUAGCGAGCGCAGAAGCACACAUCGUAUAGAACCACCCGAGAAUAAACAGAUCCCUCAACGCUGCAAAUACCUAAUUGCCAGCCAAUAUCCCAGUACGGCAAUUAAGAUCAUUCCCGAGCACAAGCU